AUGAAAAAGGAGUCACUUCACUUCAGCUAUAUGAUACUCUUGCUUACUAUUGUCGCUUCACACUCUCUUGCUUCAACCCAACCGCGUUGCCAUGAAGACGAGAGAUCUGCAUUGUUGGAGUUCAAGACAACCUUCUUCACCAGAAAGCGUCCAUGUUGUCACAUUAAGUACACCGAAACUCCAGUUGAGCAAGCAAAGGUCGAAUCUUGGAACGCAUCAGAAGGGAAAACUCAAAGCGAUUGCUGUUCUUGGACUGGCGUUGAGUGUGAUAAGGUAAGUGGUCAUGUGAUCGGCCUUGACCUCAGUUGCAGUUGUCUCUCUGGUAAAAUCAACUCCAACACCAAUAUUUUCCGUCUUCUUCGCCUAAGAAGCCUUAACCUUGCCUUCAAUGACUUCAAUUGUCCGAUUCCUCUGACAAUUGGAAAUCUGAGUUCCUUGAGGGAUUUGAACCUCUCCAGCUCCAGCUUCACGGGCCACAUCUCACAUUCGCUCCGUAACUUGACCCGACUUGUUCAUCUAGACUUGAGUGACAAUCAUCUAAAUGGUACGAUUCCAACUUAUUUUGGCAGCAUCUUGAAUCUGGAGCAUUUAGAUCUAGGCUUUAAUUCUUUAACGGGUGAAGUUCCAUCCUCUCUCGGGAACCUCGUCCAGCUUACUACUUUACAUUUAGUAUCUAAUCAGUUAACUGGCAAAAUCCCAUCCUCUCUCGGGAACCUCGUCCAGCUUACUACUUUACAUUUAGGAUAUAAUCAGUUAACGGGUGAAAUCCCAUCUUCCAUCGGAGACCUAAUUCAACUUACUGAUCUAGCUCUUUAUUUUAAUCGAUUAGUUGGUGAGAUUCCACUCUCUUUCCAAAACCUCUUGGAGCUUAACUUCUUAGACCUUGGUUUUAAUCGAUUGAGUGGUGAAAUUCCAUCCUUGUUGGGAAGACUCACCCAGUUGGUUGACAUUGAUCUUUCAUUCAACCAAUUCCAUGGUGCAAUUCCAAGUACGAUUUCCCAAUUACAGGGUCUCAACUCUCUUAAUUUGCAUUCAAAUAACUUGAGUGGCACAGUGAAGUUAGAUAUGUUGUCAGAGGCUAAAAACCUUCAACAACUUGUGUUAUCGUCUAACAAACUGUCGUUGAUCGUUGAAACCAACAUAACUCACCAGUACUCGGUUCUAGUUUUAGGUUCAUGCAACUUAAAUAGUUUCCCUGAGUUUCUACAAGACCAAAAUGACCUGUAUUUGCUCGAUCUAUCCGACAACAACAUUUCUGGUCAAGUUCCUAAAUGGUUUCUGAAUGUGAGCACAGAAAACCUAGAACUAUUGAACCUUUCUGGCAACUUCCUAACGAGUUUUACUCAAGAUCCUGUUAUUUUCAAGUGGAAAAACCUCCUUGAAGCAGAUCUCGACCUAUCUCAGAACAGCUUUUCUGGUAGCUUGCCAUCCAAAUACUUCAAGCAUUGGACUGCUAUGAAGGUUCCUAAGACAGAUUCGUCAAGCUACAUGGGAGAUGAGUUGGGAAGGUGGUGGUUAGCCCUUCCAUUUUGGACCUUUGACUACUCUAUGAGUGUAUUUGCCAAAGGCAUCGAAAUGAAUUACUCAAAGAUCCAAGGGUACCUCACAUUGAUUGAUCUCUCGAGCAACAACUUCAGUGGAGCAAUCCCCGAGACUAUUGGAAGCCUAAAGCAGCUAAAAUUGCUCAAUCUUUCCAACAACAUGCUCUCCGGUCCUCUGCCUCCAUUCUUGGCAAACCUAACGAAUUUGGAAGCAUUGGACCUUUCUCGAAACCAGCUCUCCGGGGAGAUAUCUCAGGACUUGACACAACUCACUUCGCUUGAGGUCUUCGACGUAUCUUACAAUUGUCUGAUCGGGCCAAUACCGAAGUCGCGGCAGUUUGCUACAUUCGAAAACAACUCCUACAAGGGAAACUCGGGGCUAUGUGGCGCUCCUCUAUCUAAAAAAUGCGGAUAUCCCGAAGCGUCGCCACCAUCAUUUCCGACAUCCGAAGAAGAUCAAGAUUCGGGGAGUGCAAUGGAAUUGGACUGGAAGAUCGUGUGCAUGGGAUAUGCAAGUGGGUUAGUGAUUGGAGUAGUCCUCGGGAACUGCUUGAUCACUUGA